CCUUGAUGAAAACUUUGAUUCUGAGCAGCCUCGGUUUCCUUGCCUGUAAUGGGGCUUGUGGAGCAGGCUAGAGAGAACCUUUGGGAACAGAAGCUAGAGGAGCUUGGUCUCUGCCAUUGGACUGUCCAAGACCAGCUCCCAGCUCUUCCCCACACAGGCUCUGGGGUCGAGGUGCCUCCGCUUCUUCACCUGCAAAAUGGGAAUAGCAAUAGGAACACAUCAUGGAGCUGCAAGGAUUGGAGGCCGUGCAGACACAGUGAGCAGACCCACGGCGGGAAGUGAAGCCGUGUCCCUGCCACAAGAACGAGUGAAUAUGAAACUUCCCCUGCUCCUGCUGCUCCUCCUGCUGGGGACAGUUGCUGCUCUUCAUCAGGGGAAUGAUGCCCCCUAUCCUGACAGCCAAGAGUCACAGGCAGACCUGAGCCAAGAUCUGGAAGGCUCUGGGGAGCAGGAGGGAGAGUCAGUCCUGACUGAGGAGACGAUUCAGUCUGAAGGAGAGCAGGUGGAGGCUUCCAGCUGCCAAGAUGCCUUUGAGGAUGAAGAGGCCAUGGAGUCGGACCCAGGUGCCCUAGAUGAGAACUUGCAGUGCCCCAGGGCAGAGGACACAGUGGAAAUGCUGGGCAGUCCUGGAUGCAAGACCUGCCGCUACGUGUUGGUGCGGACCCGCAGAACAUUUAGAGGCGCUCGGAAAGUCUGCAGGAGGUGCUACAGAGGCAACCUCGUGUCUAUCCACAACCGCAGUGUCAACUAUCAACUCCAGUGCUUGGCCAGUAAGAUCAACCAGCAACAGGUCUGGAUUGGAGGCAAAAUGAGUUUCUGGUACAGAAGGUUACACUGGAUUGAUGGGAGUGCUGUAAAUUUUAGUAACUGGGCUCAUCAUCAUGGGCGCGGCCGCUGUGUGACCCUAUGCACCAGAGGAGGUCGUUGGCGACGAAAAUGUUGUAUAAGUCGCCUGCCCUUCAUCUGUUCCUACUAAGCCAGUGGCCUGGAAGAGAUCCUGCCUGGAGCCCCCUCCCUACACCCCUCCUGGAAACCCCUGGCCCACCCUGGGCACUGGGAUGGACUCCCAGCAUCUCCUGUAAUAAAGUCAUGUU